AUGAACAACAGCGAGGAGAACGGCAAAGACGCCCCGCCGGCGGCGACAGGCGAUGAUUUGAAGCGAGAUUUCAAGAGCCGCCAGGUGGCCAUGUUUGCUAUUGCGUGCUCGAUGGGAACUGGACUGACGAUCUCGUCGGGGACGGCAUUGACCCGUGGGGGGCCGGCCAGUCUGUUGAUCUCUUACCUUGUUAUCGGUCUUGCGGUCUACUUCAUCAUGACUGCUCUGGGGGAGAUGGCAGCUUAUAUUCCGAUGAGCAAAGGGUUCUCGGGAUAUGCCAGUCGAUAUGCACAUCCAGCUUUAGGGAUAGAUUUGCGACUGGAUGGAACUACUUUUUCAGUUACGCCAUUGCAAUACCGACAAAACCUAACAGCAGCCGGCUUGAUCGUGCACUACUGGAGACCGGACCUCAAUGUAGGCAUCUGGAUCACAGUCUUUGGUGCCGUUGUUAUUCUACUUAAUGUCCUCCACGUCAACAGCUUCGGUGAAUCCGAAUUUAUACUCAGCUGCAUUAAACUUGUCAUCAUCACAAUGCUCAUCCUCUGCUGCUUCAUCAUCUCCGCCGGUGGCUCUCCCUCUGGCGAGAAGAUCGGCUUCAAGUACUGGCACAACCCCGGCGCAUUCGCCCAGUAUCUUGUCGGCGGCCGCAAAGGCUACUUACUAGGUUGGUGGGCGUGCAUGAUCCAGGCUUGUUUCGCCUACACAGGAACCGAAGUUGUCGGCGUGACGUUUGGCGAAGCAAGAAAUCCGCGCAAGACCAUCCCAAUGGCCAUCAGACAGACGUUCUGGCGGAUUCUUAGCUUCUACGUUGUCGGUGUGUGGGCUCUCACCAUGGCCGUUGCAUACGACAGUCCCGAGCUAGUAGACGCCACGUCCAGGUCUACGUCUGCUGCUGCUUCACCAUUUGUCGUUGCAAUUUCAUUAGCGGGCAUCAAAGUCCUGCCCGAUAUCGUCAAUGCCGGUCUUCUCGUCUUUGUCUUGAGUUCAUCCGCCUCGGAUAUCUACUGCUCUUCCCGCUCGCUUUAUGGCCUGGCAAGGGACGGUCAAGCGCCGAAAAUCCUGGCCAAGACACUCAAGAACGGUGUUCCGGUUUACAGUGUCGCCGUUGCAUCGCUCUUCUGUCUUAUUGGGUAUAUGAAUGCCGCCAAGUCUGCCUCGACGGUCUUCGACUACUUUGUUAGUCUGGCGACUAUCUUUGCGCUCCUUAACUGGUUCAGUAUCCUUCUUUCCUAUCUGAACUUCAGACGCGGUCUCAAAGCGCAGGGGAUAAGCUUGAAGGGGACGUCUUACAGUGCUAUCUUCCAGCCUUAUGGGGCUUAUUACUCGAUGUUCAUUACUGUCCUUUGCAUUAUCUUCUCAGGCUAUGACGCAUUCAUCCCGCACUUCAAGGCAGACCGGUUCGUGCUUCGGUAUAUCGGGAUCGUGGUGUACGUCGGCAACCUUUUCUUCUGGAAGCUUUACAAAUGUGCCCGGUAUGUGACGCCGAGGGAGAUGGAUUUGACGACGGGGUUUUAUGAUACUGUGCUCGAGGGUGUGGAAGGGAAGAAUGAUGUUGAGGAGAAGGAGGAGAAGGAGCUUGACGUGUCGGCUAAUGAGUUAGGGUUCACGACGAUUGGGGAGGAUGGGAGGGUUGCAAGGUGA